CCGCAACAUCAUCCCAUCACAACUACAAAACAGAAAAGAUGGCGGCUCCGGCUACGUUACCGGCGCUUUUGACGUCGUUGACACAGUCAUUGACUCUUGCACAAGAAGCUACGCCUACGAUUGCGGCCAUUGAGCACCAGCAGGACGGCAUCUCGCUGCUUGAUGUAAAGAACGAGCUGCUGCUGUCUUACCUCCAAAACUUGGUCUUUUUGAUUCUUGUCAAGUUGAGAAACGCAAAGGACUCGAAAAAAGAGCCCUCGGAUAUCGACGAAUCUGUGCGAACACAAUUAGUCGAACUGCGACUCUACCUCGAAAAGGGUGCCCGACCCCUCGAAGAAAAACUCCGAUUCUCCAUUGAGCGAUUCCUCCGCAGCGCUGAUGACGCCCUGCGUGAAGAGAAGCAGCGCCAGGAGCAAUUAGAAAAGGGCAGCGAUGACGAUGAGGAGGACGAGGAUGAGGACGACGAAGACGACAGCGAAGAAGACGAAGAGGUCAAGCCCAGCAAACCUCUGCACCAAAAGCACGGCAAGAAUGCAGCGGCCCCUCGCUUUGGCACGCUUGUCGACGAUGUAACAGCUAAGCCUGCCCAGCGACAAGACGGUCCAGGCGGUGUAUACAAGGCACCCAAGCGUGAGCGCCAGCUGAUGGAGACGCAGCGCAAAGACAAGAUGGAGCGCCGCCCCAACCGCUCACGCACCAUGGAGGAGUUCGUCAACUCCGAGCUGUCGUCGGCGCCCAUGGCCGAGCCCAGUAUUGGUACAACUAUUGUGCAGGGCGGCCGCAGGAUGAAGACGACCGACGAGCGCAAGGACGAAGCCGAACGCCGGGACUACGAAGAGGCCAACUUUGUGCGCCUGCCCAGCAUGAGCAAGAAGGAAAAGGCCAAAAAGGCCAAGCAGUCCGGCCGUCCAGCCAUGCAAUUCGGCGGCGAGGAGUGGCACGAUCUCGGCCAGGGCAUCGACCGCAUCGACCGGCUCACCAAGGGCAAGGGCGGCGGCAAAGGCUCCGGUGUGCGGGCGAUGCUGGACAAGAGCCGCAAGCGCGGCCGCGAGACGACAGACGGGCCCCGAGCAAGCGGACACGUGGAUAUGGGCGACCGAUUCCGCAAGAAGGUCAAGAUGCUGGAUGCUGGGCGCCGAGACCGAGGCAAGGGCAGGUCAUAGACGGAACUUUUUGCUGUCUAAUGGUAGUGGCGAUUGCUUGCGUGGCCCAGUGGCACUUUUGGCGUCUUGGCUGCCUGGAGGACAAAGUAGUAGUGGUGGUAGAGGACAAGCAGUAGCAAGAGGAGAUAUCAGCAUGUGGGUAUUGACCGAAGCCAUGUGGUUUUGUUUGGCGUCGUGGUAUAUGCCCUAUUGGCGCAUAUGAUUUCUCAUGAAAUGUAUAUAGACGGAGAUAUGCUCGGACUUUUGCAGCAGCCAUGGUGUCAGCCAGCCACAGGCGAGACGAGAUGGAUGGAUAGACAAAAUAAGGCUGCCACUGAGGAUUUGCCGUUUACAAGCUAAACGAAACUUCUUUCCCACCUUCCUCUUUUUUUAUUAGGCUGCAUUCCGUUCCAUUCCCCGUUUAGCGGAAGUUGGGUUGAGUGACGCAGCCUGAUGACGGGGCCGUGUUGUCCGCCAAUUCUCCGUCAUCACGGAGGAUGUUUGGGCACUGAAGCGCGGAGUUUUACAGAAAUUCGGCCGUAGCGGCUCAUACAGCCAGCGUGCAGUGCAGCACAGUGGAUAACAGUUCCAGUGCUCUGUUUUCAGUGGGUUUGACAGCUGAAGCUGCGUGCCGUGUCUCAUGCAUAGCGAGCCAGGGUUACUGAAUUUUAUGUAGCCUUGACCACCCCUUAAUAAAUAGCAGCAAAAAUAUCACAAGCUUUA